UUUCUUAUCGGACCUGUCGCGUCCGAGCUAGCACGUCCCCCGAAAAAGUUCCCUUCGUGUAAAUCUCCUUUUGCCCAUCCAUCACCCACUCACUCCUUCAUCAAUCUCGCCUGCCAUUGCGCGGCUAUUCUUCUUCUCGAUCUUCAUAGACGCUGUAAUCGUUUUAAUACCCUUGUUCCCUUGAUACCCAUAAUCUUUAGCGUUUCUACGGCAAAGGGAAUCCCUUUUCCAAUCAUCGCCACUAUGUUCAGCGCCUUUCGAAGAUGUCCCGUCGCGCUGUCGAGGAAUGUCUCCUCGGCAGUUCUAUCAUCGAGAGCAUUGAGAACCUCAAUGGUACAUGCUCCAUCUGCGAUGCGAAUGACAGUUCCCCGGCUUCCGGUCACCGCAACCCAAGCUUUCCACCAAAGCGCAAAAUGGCAGCAAGUCGGUGCCGCUGAAGUUACCGAAGAUGUUGCAGAAGAGCACGAGACCAAGGAUGAGGCUGUUACCGAGUCUGACGAUAAGCUUGUUACCAAGUUCAAGGAUCUCGCUCUCCGCGGCCUCGUACAUCCCAAUGUCAUCAACACCAUCACAAGAUCCAUGAGGUUGGAUACCAUGACCGACGUUCAGACGCGGACCAUCAAUGAGGCAUUGAGUGGUGUUGACGUUAUGGCCCAGGCGAAGACCGGUACUGGCAAAACUAUGGGUUUCCUCAUUCCCGUCAUCCAGCGAAUCAUUCAAUCGGAACCUAAGCUAGGCGAGGCUUCCCGCGGAUACAAGAGGACUAGGCCCGAUGAUAUCAGGGCCAUCAUUAUAUCGCCAACUCGAGAGCUUGCAGAACAGAUUGCUGUCGAAGCUAAGAAAGUCACUCAAGGUACCAGCAUCAUUACGCAAUGCGCUGUAGGUGGAACACAGAAGAAGGCUAUGCUUGCGAAGACACAGCGUGAAGGGUGCCACCUGCUGAUUGGCACACCCGGUCGUCUCAACGACAUCUUCGCCGACGAGUAUUCCGGCAUUGCGGCACCCAAACUGGCUGCUUUGGUCAUGGACGAAGCCGAUCGUCUCAUGGAUGCAGGCUUUCAAGAAGAAAUCGACAAUAUCAAGAAAUACCUGCCAGAUCCUGAGACAGUGCCACGACAGAAUUUGAUGUUCUCCGCUACCCUCAGCCGAAAUGUCGUGGCAUUAGUCAGAAAGACCCUGAGGCCUAACUUUCAUUUCGCCAAGUGUGUCAAUGAAGAUGAGGCUCCUACCCAUGAGCGAAUUCCGCAGAAGCUUGUUCAUUUGCAAGGUUUCGAAAACAUCAUGCCGACCCUUUACGAACUGAUUGUCAAAAUGCAUAACAACCCGCAGGAGCGGGACGGCCGCCCUUUCAAAGCCAUUGUCUACUUCAACUCAACUGCCGAAGUAAGGCUAGCUUCUUCAGUUUUCCACAAACUUAAGGGUGGCCACAGGAAAAUCACGCCUCUCCAGGGACUUUUGACCUAUGAGAUACACUCAAAACUCACGCAGCAAGCACGGACUCGCUCUUCAGAUGCUUUCCGCUUCUGUAAAUCUGGUGUGCUCUUUUCAUCUGAUGUGACUGCCCGUGGCAUGGACUUCCCCAAUGUCACACACGUCAUUCAGAUAGGUCUCCCCAGAGAGACUGAAUCAUACGUCCAUCGUCUUGGUCGUACAGGUCGAGCUGGCAAGGAAGGAGAGGGCUGGCUCCUUCUUACACCUUUUGAACGCAAUGAAGUGAAGCGACGACUACGCCAGAUGCCUCUAGUGGAGGACACCUCUCUUGAGGCAGCCAACGUCGACAUGUCUGUCCGUGGAGAAAUCCCAGAGGAGACAGCUAAGAUCCUUGACAGCUGCAUGGAGGCACACAAGUAUGUGUAUCCGAAUGAGCUCGAAGAGGCGUUCCGCGGACUCUUUGGUAGUUUCCAGUGGUACGGCGAUAAGCAGGGCCUCUUGGAGGGUGCGAACAGGUUGGCUGAAUUCGGUUGGGGCAUGGCUACUCCACCUCCUCCACCUGCAUCUCUCUUUAACGGAGGUAGGCGAUCAGGUGGAGGAGGCCGUGGCGGCUUUGGCGGUCGUGGCGGAGGCCGCGAUUUUGGAGGUCGUGGUGAAAGCAGUGGCUUUGGCGGCCGUGACGGGGGUCGCGGAGGCGGUGGCUUCGGCGGCCGCGGCGGAAGAGGUGGUUUUGGAGGCCGUGGCGGAGGGCGCGACUUCGGGGGUCGUGGAGAUGGUGGCUUCGGAGGUCGAAGCCGUGGUGGUGACAGUCCAUUCUGA